GCAGCGCGCGGGCACCGUGACGGGCGUGGCCGUGAACGUGGCGGGGCAGCGCGCGGGCACCGUGACGGGCGUGGCCGUGAACGUGGCGGCCGCUCUGGCCGCGCUGCUCCAGCCCUUCGUGCCCGGGGUCAGCGCCGCCAUCCAGGAGCAGCUCCGGGUGCCCCCCGAGCGCCGCGGCCUCGGCCCCGCCCUCACCUGCACCCUCCCCCCCGGGCACCGCGUGGGCACCGUGAGCCCCCUGUUCCAGAAGCUGGAGCCGGAGCAGGUGGAGGCCCUGCGGAAACGCUUCGGGGGAGGGCAGGCCAAAGAGCCCCCCCCAGGCCCAGCCCCCCCUGCAGCCCCCGACACGGCCCCAGGUGACCCCCGGCUGAUCCAGGAGCUGACAGAGGAGGUGACCAAGCAGGGUGACCUGGUGAGGCAGCUGAAGGCGGCCCAGGGGGACAAGGCCCAGGUGGACGCCCAGGUGGCCAAACUGCUGGAGCUGAAGCGGCGCCUGGCGCUGGCCCAGGGCAGGACCCCCGAGGUGCCCAAGGGCAAGAGGAAGAAGUAGCUCCAGUGCCCCCAGUGACCAGACUGGGCCAUACUGGAGAGCAGCCCCAGUGACCCCAGGAACCAAACUGGGCCGUACUGGUUGUGGUUACAAGUGUUUAAUAAACUACACGAGCUGUACAAA